UGAUAAAUGUAAGUAAAAGAGAGCUAUGCAAGUAAUACCAUGAAUAAUAUACCAACAACAACAACAACAACAACAACAACAACUAUACAUGAUAAACCACCUGGAAGGAACAUAUUCAUGCACAACAUGUGGCCUCUGUUAAGUUUAUUGCCGCCAUGUUUGCUUGAAAAGAUCAACCUUGUUUUUACAUUCGGACAAUCGGCAACUGAGGUUAUUUUCACAACACUUGAUGAGAAGGUUUACAGUCUUGGUACGAACACCAGCGGUUGUUUGGGCGUUGGAGAUAAUUCGUCCUCCCUGGAACCUCGGUUGUUGGAAAGUUUUAGCGGACAGAAGAUAAUAUCGUUGAGUGCGGGGAGCGGUCCGCAUGUGUUGGUGUUGACGCAAGAUGGAGGUGUAUAUAGUUGGGGUCACAACAGUUAUAUGCAGUUGGGUAACGGAGGAACUUCACCUGGGACUUCCCCCUCGUUAUUGUCGCGAAAUAUUUCAAACAAAGUCGUUCAGAUUGCUUGUGGGAGUCACCACUCGAUGGCACUAACGACUGAGGGUGAGGUUUACACUUGGGGUUACAACAACUGUGGGCAGAUCGGAUCGGGCUCGACAGCGAACCAAGGAUCCCCUCGUAAAGUAACGGCUUGUAUCGGUAAUAAAAGAAUCAUCGACAUCACAUGUGGCCAGACAACAUCGUUGUGCGUUACUGACAGCGGAGAGGUGUAUUCAUGGGGAUACAAUGGUAACGGACAACUUGGUGUGGGGAAUAACGUCAACCAAACCAACCCAUGCAGAGUAGCAGCGUUGCAGGGGGUCGUUAUCGCUCAGGUGGUGUGCGGAUAUGCACAUGCCCUCGCACUCACCGAUAAUGGAGUUGUAUUUGGAUGGGGCGCCAACAGUUACGGACAACUUGGGUCUGGCAACAAAGCCAAUACGUGCACCCCACUGCAGGUAGCCACACGCAUAGGAAGGGUGGUGUGUUUGGCUGCCACACAUUAUUCACAUUCAUCUGCUGCAAGGAACCAAAGUGGGCAUAUAUACAUGUGGGGCCAACUCCGUCAGCAAGCGACCCCGGAACCGAAGCCAACAAACUUCACCGAUUUAAACGCUGUGUUUGCCGGGUUCAGUUCGCCUCCUGUUAGUUGGAGAGCGAUGAUCGUAACCAGCGAAGUGGAACCAUCUGUGCAGCAGAGCGUGUCGCGUGCAUUCAACGACGAAACUUCGGCAGAUCUUAAAAUUUUGGUCGAAGGGAAACAUAUAUUAGUUCAUAAAUCAAUUCUUAAAAUAAGGUGCGAAUACUUCAAGCGAAUGUUUCAGUCGCAUUGGGAUGAAAACAAUCAAGACGUUAUUGAAAUCACUGGUUAUAAUUACCCCGUUGUUUAUUCUUUCCUCCGUUGGUUGUAUACAGAUCAAGUAGAGUUGCCGACCGAAGAUAUUAUUGGUUUGUUGGACCUUGCAACAUCAUAUUGUGAGAAUGGAUUGAAACAUCAAUGUCAGAAAUUGAUCAAAGAAAGCAUUGUUGUUGAAAAUGCGGCUCUGUUGUACGCUGCAGCCAUCAAGUAUAAUGCGAAGGAACUUCAAGAUUUUUGCUUCCAGUUCUGUUUAAACCACAUGACCAAAGUCGUACAAACCGAAAGCUUUAAAUUAUUGGACAAAGAAGUUUUGUACGAGUUGGUGUUGGAAGCGUCCAAGCAUGGGGCUUUUAAACGUUGAAUAUUUAACUCAGCAGUAUUAUUAUUUAAAGUUGUUCUUUAUUUUAAUGUAUUUGAAAAUUAUAAUUGCAUAAAACUCUUUCAAUUUAUUUAUGUCCUAUCACUAUGAAAUAUAUUCUUCCAAUGAUAACUAAACUAAAUGUUGUGAAACUACUACUUAUUUUAAUGUUUUAUCACUUUGUUCUUUUGUUACAUACAAAGCUACAUCAAGCAUGUUAUAUUAAAAACACAACUUCUGU